GAUUCCACCUCACUUGAUGUUAAGUACACUCAGCAGGACUUGUCCAGCCCUAUUGCUCUCUUAUCACAGGUGGUGGCCCAUUCCCUCUUGUCCUCUGCUCUGGAYUCUGGAGGUCAAGUGGGUGCUACUCCCAGACUCAGACUGGCAGAACAGUCUUGUGGAUUCCCCCACUAGGGCCAAAAUGACAGCAGUCAGCCAGGACCCUCACCACGGUAGAAUGGGUGAGGAGGGGCCUCCCAGCCUGGAGUAUAUCCAAGCCAAGGAUCUGUUCCCUCCCAAGGAACUGGUGAAGGAGGAGGAAAAUCUUCAGGUACCCUUCACAGUGCUUCAGGGAGAGGGAGUGGAGUUCCUGGGCSGGGCAGCCGAUGCCCUCAUUGCCAUCUCUAACUACCGGCUGCAUAUCAAGUUCAAGGACUCUGUCAUCAACGUACCUCUCCGGAUGAUUGACAGCGUGGAGAGCCGUGAUAUGUUCCAAUUGCACAUUGCCUGCAAGGACUCCAAAGUGGUGAGGUGCCACUUCUCCACUUUCAAGCAGUGCCAAGAGUGGCUCACAAGGCUAAGCCGGGCCACAGCAAGACCUGCCAAACCUGAGGACCUCUUUGCCUUUGCCUACCAUGCCUGGUGCCUGGGGUUGACUGAGGAGGACCAGCAUACCCAUCUGUGUCAGCCAGGAGAUCACAUACGAUGUCGGCAGGAGGCAGAGCUUGUCAGGAUGGGCUUUGACCUGCAGAAUGUUUGGAGAGUCUCACAUAUCAACAGCAACUACAAAUUAUGCCCCAGUUACCCCCAGAAGCUGCUGGUUCCUGUAUGGAUCACAGAUAAAGAGCUGGAGAAUGUGGCUUCUUUCCGUUCCUGGAAGCGCAUCCCUGUGGUUGUGUACAGACACCUUCGCAAUGGGGCUGCCAUUGCCCGCUGCAGCCAGCCUGAGAUCAGUUGGUGGGGCUGGCGGAAUGCUGAUGAUGAGUACCUGGUCACAUCCAUUGCCAAAGCCUGUGCCCUGGACCCAGGGACAAGGGCCAGUGGGGGCCCUCUCAGCACUGGGAAUAAUGAUGCCAGCGAGGCAUGUGACACUGACUUCGAUUCCUCUCUGACUGCGUGUUCUGGGGUGGAGAGCACAGCAGCCCCUCAAAAGCUACUGAUCCUGGAUGCGAGAUCCUACACAGCAGCAGUGGCUAACCGUGCCAAGGGUGGAGGUUGUGAAUGCGAAGAGUACUAUCCCAACUGUGAGGUCGUGUUUAUGGGAAUGGCCAACAUCCAUGCCAUCCGGAACAGCUUCCAGUACCUCCGAGCUGUGUGUAGCCAAAUGCCAGAUCCCAGCAACUGGUUGUCAGCACUGGAAAGUACCAAAUGGCUGCAGCACUUGUCAGUGAUGCUAAAAGCAGCUGUGCUGGUGGCUAAUACAGUAGACCGGGAAGGCCGGCCUGUGCUGGUGCACUGCUCUGACGGCUGGGACCGGACACCGCAGAUUGUAGCCCUGGCCAAAAUAUUACUGGACCCGUAUUACAGGACAUUGGAGGGCUUCCAAGUGUUAGUGGAGUCUGACUGGCUGGAUUUUGGGCACAAGUUUGGAGACCGCUGUGGCCACCAGGAGAAUGCAGAGGACCAAAAUGAACAAUGCCCUGUGUUUCUCCAGUGGCUCRAUUCUGUUCAUCAGUUGCUUAAGCAGUUCCCUUGUGUGUUUGAAUUUAAUGAAGCAUUCCUGGUAAAACUGGUACAGCACACGUACUCUUGUCUCUAUGGCACAUUCCUGGCGAACAACCCCUGUGAGCGAGAGAAGCGCAAUAUCUACAAGCGAACAUGCUCUGUGUGGGCGCUCCUGUGAGCUGGCAAUAAGAACUUUCAUAACUUCCUUUAUACGCCCGGCUCAGACAUGGUCCUGCAUCCCGUUUGUCAUGUGCGAGCCCUUCACCUCUGGACAGCUGUUUAUCUGCCUGCAUCAUCUCCGUGCACACUUGGAGAAGAGAAUAUGGAUCUUUACCUUUCCCCAGUGGCCCAGAGCCAGGAGUUUUCUGGCCGCUCUCUGGACAGCUUCCAGAAGCAUCUGACUCUUGGGGAAAUGGGUUCCCAGCAGGGAGAUGGCCUUUACUCCCUCAGAAACAGGCCAGAAAUUGAGUUCUCUUUCUUAGGGUCCAACUGGGACAGCUUCCAAGGCUUGGUGACUUCAUUCCCAAGUGGGGAGACUACCCCUCGGCGGCUGCUUUCCUAUGGCUGCUGUAGCAAGAGGUCAAGCAGUAAGCAGAUGAGGGCCACAGGGCCCUGCUUUGGGGGCCAGUGGGCUCAGAGAGAAGGUGUGAAGUCACCUAUCUGUUCUAGUCAUUCCAAUGGACACUGUACUGGCCCAGGAGGAAAAAACAACCGGAUGUGGUUGUCUGGUCACCCAAAGCAAGUCUCCAGCACAAAGCCUGUCCCACUGAGCUGCCCUUCUCCAGUGCCUCCACUCUACCUGGAUGAUGAUGGACUCCCCUUUCCCACAGACGUGAUCCAGCAUAGGUUACGGCAAAUUGAAGCAGGGUACAAGCAAGAGGUAGAGCAGCUACGUCGACAGGUGCGUGAGCUUCAGAUGAGACUGGAUAUCCGUCACUGCUGUGCCCCUCCAGCAGAGCCCCCUAUGGACUAUGAGGAUGAUUUUACUUGUUUGAAGGAGUCAGAUGGCAGUGAUACAGAAGAUUUUGGCUCUGAUCACAGUGAAGACUGCCUUUCAGAAGCAAGUUGGGAACCUGUGGAUAAGAAGGAGACUGAGGUGACUCGCUGGGUUCCAGACCAUAUGGCAUCGCAUUGCUAUAACUGUGACUGUGAAUUCUGGUUGGCCAAACGAAGACACCAUUGCAGAAAUUGUGGGAAUGUAUUUUGUGCUGGAUGCUGCCACCUGAAGCUGCCCAUUCCUGAUCAACAGCUCUAUGACCCAGUUCUCGUCUGUAACUCAUGUUACGAACACAUUCAAGUAUCUCGUGCCAGGGAGCUCAUGAGCCAACAUCUGAAGAAACCCAUCGCUACAGCUUCCAGUUGAAUGCAAAGGAGAUGACCUGUCCAGUUUUAACAGGUUUGAAGGGAAGAUCUGCUUCAGGUG